UUGUUUUGCAGUCGUCUCAGUUGCUAGCGCUAGUUCAAGCUAGCGGCAGCACUUCCGCGUUGCCUGCCCGUAUCCCAAAAUGCACCGCGGCGCGACAAGAUCAGCUGAGCUCGCUCGAAGCCGCAGUGAGCACGCGCCCGUCAGCGCCGUGCGCGCGCCCGCCAGCGGCUCUUCGUCGUGGGCUGCUCCGGGUCCACCCCGGUCGAACCUUUGUCGGUGUUUAAAAACGGAACCCGUCCAAAGGAUAAACCGUUUUUCUUUCCGGUCACCGCAAGAAUGUGACGCUUUAGGUGAAUCCGUUUUUUUUUUUUUUUUUUGCUUUGGAAACAAUCAUUAUCCACCUGGAUUGAUGUGAACGUAAACGUCCUCCCGGUGGGGGUCGGAGGGGAUUCCACGUCUCUUUUUUUUUUUUUUCUCCCGUGGGAGUGGACCAUAAUAUGUCCAGGCGAAAACAGACCAACCCCUUCAAAGUUGACUGGCCAUUCCACACUUCCGGCGUCACGGGAUUUCAGCACACCAUCAACAUGGACGGCAGGGACGAGUUCACCGAAGACAGCGAGUGCUGCGGCAACAACUCCCAGGAAGUCCUCGGACAGGAGAGCGCCACAGACAGCGAAAGCGACCCCGACUCCUCGUCCAACGCCUCGGCCGACGACCACAUGACUGCCAAGAGGGCGCCGUGCCGCCUGCAAGGAGCGGGAGUCAAAGAGGAGAACGAGGAAGGCUCCGAGCACAGCAACAACUUUGCAUGUCCUCUGUGCACGCUGGACUUCAGCAGCCCCGAGAAGCUCAUCUCCCACGUGUACCAGCACACGAGCCUGAUGAGCGGCAGCAAGAGCUACGUGUGUCCCGUGUGCGGGCGGGCGCUGAGCUCGCCCGGCUCGCUCGGACGCCACCUCCUCAUCCACUCGGAGGACCGCCUCUCCAACUGCGCCGUGUGCGGCGCGCACUUCACCGACACCGCCAACUUCAACAGAGAGAAGCUGAAGGACGUCCUGGACACGAUCAGGCUUGACGUCUCCAGCGGAAGCGACACUUGUCCUUUAACGCACUCGCUCACCAGCACUCCCAUGGCCAGUCCCGGAACGGGGCCUCAUCCAUGUCACGGGCCAGGACCCGCCCCCGGUUCCUGUCAGGGACCUCAGUCGUGCCAAGUCCACGACCCCGGCGCCGGCUUAUGCCAAACCCAUCGAACGUGCCACAUGUCCGGCCCGUGUCAAGGCCCCUCGGUCCAAGGACCUUCAUUCCCCUCCCUGCCCGACAGUCUGCUUUCCGAAGGGCCGUCACUGGCGUCCAUCCCGGACGCCCUCAACUCCUCCUCCUCAGGUCUUCCUCCCAUCCCAGACAUCCUGAGUCCGAUGCCCGUCUACCCGGCCGGCGUGCUUCUGGUGUGCAACAGCUGCGUGGCCUACCAGCAGCUGGUGGAGGUCCAGUCCCCCGUGCGCAAGUGGGCCCUCCGCCGCAAGAACGAGCCCUUGGAGUCCCGCCUGCAUCGGCUGGAACGCGAGCGGACGGCCAAGAAGAACAAGCGCGCGUGCGAGACGGACGAGGAGCGCGAGCUACGGCGCCUGCGCGACCGCGAGGCCAAGCGCAUGCAGCGGAUGCAGGAGUCGGAGGAGCAACGGGCGCGGCGCCUGCAGCGGGAUCGCGACGCCAUGCGCCUCAAGAGGGCCAACGAGACGCCCGAGAGGCGGCAGGCGCGGCUCGUGCGCGAGCGCGAGGCCAAGCGGGUCAAGCGGCGGCUGGAGAAGAUCGACCCCGCGCUGAGGACGCAGAUCGAGCACGACCCCGCCGCCAUGGCCGCGCUCACGGCCGACAUGAGCCUCUUUCAGUUCCCGUGCCCCGUGCCCGUUCCGCCCAUGGGCAACGGACUCUUCAUGAAGCUGCCCUAAGAGAACCGCGGUCAUGACAAACUCCAAUUCAGGGGUGUCCAAACUUUUUCUUCCAAAGGACGCGAGGGCCAUUUUGAUUGCACCUUUAAAGUCCCUCUAAGGUGCAAACAUAUUUUUUCUAAAUUUGCCACACUACUGAGACGUGUUGUGAACAACCCUGCCAAAUUUGAAUGAUGAGAUAAAAAUGACGCACUACAGGAUAUAAAAAGUCUUCCUAAAACGUGGCUUUAAAAGCGUUUCGUAAUAUUAAUAACGUAGUUGAUCCGUAUGAAAUUGCUGAAUCUCUUUAUGGGCGCCCUGUCGCCGUGACCUCCGCACACUCGCCGCUCUAAAGCGGCCACGCCAGAUCGAUGCCCAAUGGACCUUUCCGAUGGCGAUCUUAAGCUCCGCCCCUUUAGCCAUGUCCCACAAGGUUCCAAAAUGGCGACUGAACAGAACAGGAUUGAAGUGGAUUCUCUCACGCGUAUUCCAGAUAAUAUUGCGGCAUGUUUUUUGCCAAACUCAAUUAUUUCACGCAAGGAUAUGGACACAGAAUUAAGAUUUUGGACGCAAUGUCAGAGUUACAGGGAAAUGUUAGCCUUAAUCCAUCGUAGACAAUUCGUCAAAUGUGUUUUAGGCUUUGGGAAAUGAAUCAAGCGGGCACGUUCCCCAAGUGCAUCCGAAGACCAUUUUCUUCGUUAACAUGAACUUUUCCAAGCGCACGCUACUAACAACUGGCAUUGCCUGUGGGACAAUAUGGCGAGAGGGGGCGUGCCAAGACAAUGCGGCUAUCUGAUUGGCUGUUAUUGUACGACUGAUUGACAGGUCGGAAAGGUCCAUUCCACAAAUUACCCCUGCCUUGCUAUUCCAACUUUUUUUUCAGUGAGGUAUGGAUUACUCAUGGCUGACAACGAGGCGCUCUAAUGAGGUCGUGCCAACGAACUAUUGGAAGGGAAGAUGCGAUUUUGGGGUGUGGGCAUAGCUAGCUAGCUAAGGGAAUGCCAGCAGAUAACCGCUAUUCUUGGAUUGGUGACUCACGCCGGGGUCAGGGUGCGUCGCUGGGCCGACGUGGAUUUCGCCACACCCCCCCCCCCCCCAAAAAAAAAAUGUGGUGAAAAACAGGUUAAUCUCUUUAUCGCCACAAUUCAGUGCUACAUAGUUCUGUUGUUCCACACUUUCAGCAAUUAUCUUAAAAACUAGUGUACGCAAAGACAUUCAAAGCACUGAUUUAAAAAAUGAAGAAUUAGGAACGUUCGCCUAUCAAUAUGGAGGGGAAGUAGUGUAAAAGGGUUUCGAAAUGGCCCCGGGUCGCACUUUGGACACCCCUGCUCUAAUUUAUUGCAAGCGUUGCGAAUGUUCCACGCGUGAUGGACGACUACCUUAAAGCAUGUUGUAAAGAGAUUGAACUUCUUUAAGAGGAGACCAAUUUAGUUUUGCACACGGAUCCUCAGCGGGGGGGAAUUGGUGGGAGGGUGGCCAAAACCCCCUUCCGCCCUCCUCACCGGUCCGGUUUUCCGGUUCCAGUCCGGUCCCGCUCCCUCGAGACCUUCUACCUCAGCCCUCUUUGACUGACUGGCCGCCCUUUUUCUACUGCCGCCGUUUAUCGGGACCAAGACGCGUCGUCGGCCAACCGAAAUUCUUCGCACGAGUCGCACGCCGCUGGGGUGGCGAUGGAGUGGAAAAUUUCUGGUACAUUUCUGUGGGAAUUUUUAAAAUGGGGAAAUUUGGGAAAUGAUUCGAAUUGGGAAACUUUCCAUGGGAAUUAGCACACGGUUUUUCUCGAGUUCACUGGGCAUUGUGCCACUCCUUCUGGGUUACUCACUUUCACCACCAGGGGGCAGCAUAAUAUGAAUACACCACAAUAUGAGUUAUCCUUUGUAGAGGAUAAAUAUAUCAAUGUGUCGUUGUACUAUCUGUAUACAUAAUUUGUGUUCAGAUAGCACGUUGCUUAAAGGUUUUCCACAGUGUUAGCAUCUCAAUGCCGUUUUGUAUGCUAGCAUUAAAGCUAGUGGGUGGGAGGGGGGUGGGGUGGGGUCUGUACACACUGUAAAAAAACAGUGUAAUUCUCUUCACUUCGUGUUGAGUAAACUUCAGCUGGGGUUUGGCGGCGCCCGAAAAUGUAUUUUUCGCUCUCUAGUCAAAGUAAAAAAUUAGCCAAGCGAUCACUCAAUGCCCGAAAAAAAUGAUACCAUUCGAUUUUGUGCCCAUUUUGCAUUGGCACCAUCUGCUGGCGUCUUGAUGCCAAGGAACUAUGUUGAACUGAGGAGCUUCGUUUUUGCCUGUGUCUCUGAGAAAAGUGCUUUGCUGCCACCGUCUGUCAUGUACGCGCAAUUACAGUUUAGUGGAGGAUUUCAGCUACUACAUUUAACUUAAUUAAUUGUUUUCAAUGGCGUAGAUUGCUGGUGGAUUCCCACGGAAAGUUUCCAAGUUUGCGCGAUGUCGCGGGCGGGGCGAGCGUACGCGACACACAACCUUCUCUACUUCCUCUUUGCGCGUCCGCCGCUGGUUCUCGGCGGACGUGACCUCCGAUCAACGCGUACUUACAGGUGCAUCUCGCGGAGUGCGAAAUUCCAAUUCAAAAAGUGAAGCGAUUUUACCGAUGCCUGUUCUCGACUCGCGGUUAGUAGUUCCGCCUCGCUAUUCUGAGGUUCUGGGAAACAUCCGGUAUUGUGAACAGAAACUGCUUGAAAUAAAACACAUUUUUGUACCGAAUUGGAAAUGAUUGAGAUCCACUUGUAACUACUGACUGAUUUGCUGUGACUGACCCAACCAGGUUUCUAGUCCUCCCCGUUGUACCUUUCUUUGGCAUUUCGGUUCCCACCACGUUUCUAUUUUAAGUUUUGCUUGCCUCAUGUGCUGUUGUGGCUGGUCGGGUUUUGUAUUUUUUAUUGUUGAUGCUGACUAAACGUACAGCCUGUUGUAAGCAUCUCCCAUCAAGUCUUGAAACCCGCUCGAGGACGUCGACUCCAGUUCCUGGCCCCCCUCGUAGCACCUUUUGAGCGUUCGUUCCGCCUCCUUGACAUCCAUCUUAAGAUCCAUAUACUAGUAUCCUCCUUGUCCUCACUAUCAACUACGUGUUACUCAUGAGGCAAAAUUGCGCACUAGUGUACAUCAGCACACCUCUAAUACUACUAGUGACAAAGUCUACUAGUUCAAAUCUAGCAUUUCACUAGUCGCGCUAGUAGGUGUGACUGAGGCUGGCCACAUUAAAAGGCUACUCUUAAAUUUGGUGUACUGGUAUGACAACUACCGUAAUUCCCGGCCUACAGAGCGCAUCUGGUUACAAGCCUCACCGAGUACAUUUUUAAAGGAAAUACCAUUUGGUACAUACAUACGACGGAGCUGGGUAAAAGUCGCAAGUGCCCACAUUGAAACACGAGACAUUUACAAUGAAAGACUGUACACAGAAAGAGUUUAAUGUUCAGUGAUAUUUACCGGUAAGUUUUAUUUUAACUGGCCCUGUUUGCUUUAGCGCGGCGCUAACGCUAGCAUUAAAGUUAGCACCGUACUAAGGCUAGCAGUAAAGUUAGCGCGGCGCUAACGCUAACAGAGCCAGUUAAAAUAAAACUUACCAGUAAAUAUCACUGAGACACGCCAAUAACACAGCAGCAACAUGCUAGCACAGCUCUAACGCUAGCGUGGCGCUAGCGUUAGAGCUGCUAGCGUUAGCGGCGCGCUAACAGGGCCGGUUAAAAUAAAACUUACCAAUAAAGAUCACUGAGACACGCCAGUAACACUGCAGCCACAGGCUAGUACAGCGCAAGUAAAAGUCACUUCCUCAGCACAUAUAUUCCAUGGUCUCACUCUUACAUUUUCCUCUCGAGUGCCCCCUUGUGGGCGUUACAAAAACUGCACAUAUUAGCUGCAUCACCACAUAAACCGCAGGGUUGAAAGCGUGUGAACAAAGUCGGGGCUUGUUGGCCGGAAAUUACGGUACGCGUUACUAGUGAGCGAAAGCUACGCACGGGGAUUAUGGUUGUUUUGAGUCGAGAACAGGAGACUACUAGUGUGUGACAUGGCUAAUCAUAGGUUCCUGUGUUACUAGCGCAGCACGGUAGUAGUAAGGUUUGAUUGCAGAGUGGUAGGCCCUAGUAAGAAAGUUGUUCAACUAUUGCACCUCGGAUGUAGUAGUACAAAUAAGGGGAAAAGAAAAGAGCAUACUAGUACGAGUAGUAUGCUCUUUGUCCUCACUACUAAGGCAACUUUAUGUUUCUAGUCAGGCAUAUCUGUGAACUCGUGUUGACAACUGUAUGCUACAAGUACUACUACUACUGACAUUACACUCCACGAGUAAAUCACUAGUAGUGUGCAGAUGUCAACUAGUCCACCGUUUUGCCUCACUAGAAAGAUGUAAUCAGUCAACUAGUACGCCAAAGUUGUCGUAGUAGUGAGAAUAAAGAAUGUAUUAGUACAUGGACCUGGAGCUGGAUGUGGAAUAAACGCUCAAUCAAGAUUGACGAACUAGUAACCAUUCCGUCAACGUCACCCUGGCACAUAUUUCUCCAAUAUAGUGUGAAUAUAUAUUAUUUUUUUAUACAUGAUGUUUUUGUUUUAUUUUUGCCUCUCUUGUUGUUGGUGUAAAACGACCUCAAGUUUUCCCGUUUUACACGCGACGCGACGACGACAACUUGAAUCACUCUGAGGACCACACUGGGGGGUUUGGGGGGGGGGGGCACUUGUGAAAAAGUACAUUUUACCAGAAUAA